AAGUAGGACAUCUGCUGUACAGAAUUCAAGUCGUCUUGCUUUACGUUCUUUGUUUUUAUUGUUCCGCUUAAUUCAACCUGAAUAAUUAUUUUAAACGCAAUAAAAUAUGAAAAAGGGAUAUAAAGUUACAGAUGUAAAAAGAGUGAAGAAAAUUGGAGUAGCCGCCGAGAACCUGAGCGAACUUAUUGAAAAAUCGCGCAAAAAGUUAGGUUUCAAUGUCAGCGCGGAGUGUCGGCUCUACGUGGCUGAGGACGGCACGCAGGUAGAUGACGACGAGUACCUGAACACUCUGCCUCCGCAGACUCUCUUCAUAUUGUUACAGAACACAGAAAAAAUGGUAACUGACUUUGCCUACUACUACAGCAUGAUACGCACAGAAAAGAAAGAUUAUAUCGACACAGGCAUGGCUGCUAAGGAAUUCCUUGAUGGCAAUCUCAAAGAUAAGUUUAAGGUCUUCCAAAGGUAUAUUGCAGCAGCUAAUGAUGCCAAAACAAUGCUUAGCGAGAGGACACAAGAUCAAGAGUGGUUUGAAGGACUCGAGCCAUCAGAAAAGACAAAAGAACAUUCAAUGUCGAAACGCGUUAAAGAACGUAUGAGGGGCUACUAUUACAAGACCAAGUCAGCGUUGCAGUCUUCGGAGUUAUACGUUCACUCGAAAAAUGGCCGCGGUAAGAAACUGAUAGACCAGUUCCUAUUAGACUUACGGAAAAUCCUCGAAACGAAUAAAUAUAAUGAAGGUUAUUUUAAUAGGAAGGACAAGGUUGUGCGCAUAUGCAAUGAAAAUGGGUUGUUCCAAUGCGGUGGGUUGUGGAACAAAAAUAAAUGUAGUUACGAAGGUGAACACGUGAUAAAUCCAUAUAGGAGUCGCGAAGAACGAAUUAUAUUUCAAACGUGGAAUUUGGAUCAUAAAAUUGAACUGUCACGUUCGAUAACUCCGAACAUUUUGCAAGCUAUCGAGAGGCUUUCUAAUGGAGAUGUCAAAUGUAUAUCCUGCGAGAGAGACACGACUCAGGGUUAUAUUGAAACUGAUAGAUAUUAUUUACAGAUUUUCACUCGAGAAAAUUUGAAAUUGGUUCACAUUGUGUGCCAUUAUAAAGGCAAGCACGACGCACACUCAAAUCUAUAUACAGUGUGUGGAAAGUGCUCCGGAGUUAAAAGUAUUGAAUAGUAUCAAUUUGUUUACAUCUGAAAUUGGGUUUAUUUUGCAUCGGUUAAUAGUUGAUUUUACUGUCUAAUAUUUAUACAAAUGUUUUUGUAAACGAAAUCCAACAUUAGUUCUGAGCGUUUUAAUAUCUCAUAUGAUUAUUAUUCAUCAGACAAAGAUAGCAUUUCUAAAUUUAUAACUACUUUGUUUGGACGUUAUAAGUCUUUCAAUUCAUCCAUUACUUUUACAUUUUUAU